CGCACUCACACGCGCACACACAUGCACUCACUCAUUGGCUACCUGCACUCAACGCUCGUCACUACCCAGGUGACAGCUCUACAGGUGUAGCGUGAGCCAACCUGUGGCUGGUAUUGAUUGCAAGGUGAAGUUGGUGGUGUGUAGAACACCUCCCGGGCUGUGGCAGCGUGUCCCCUCCCCCCCCCCCAAGUGUGCUUUGUUUAUCCGCUGUGCUGUGUGUCAAGAGUGCGAGUGUCGGUGCUGCCCUCCGGUGUGAUCUAGUGAUCUCUUGUGCUUGGAUAACCGCACGACGGCCAUACAGUCAAAUAAUCACAAAUACAUCGCGUUGUUAGUCCUUGGAGACGCUGUGGUGUGUGUGUUGUGUCGUGGUUGUAGGUGGACUGAGGCGCGCGUGUGUGUAGGUGUUGCUACACCUCGCCUACACUCACUACCUUACUGACAUACGGAUUGAAAUUGAUAUAACCACGUGCGUCACCCCAGGAAUCCAUUGUUUAUUCUCAACUUGGAAAUAGUUACCGGAAGGUCGCUGGAGGAAUAUAUAUCUCUUCAGAAAUAGACAGAGCGAGAGCGGCUCCCCCGGGCCUACUGGAUGUUGAAGCCUCCCUACGGCAGCUUUGGGAGCGAGGAGCCCGCCUACGGGGACCUGCAGGGUCUGGCCUCCACACUCCCCCAGCAGGAGCCAGACACCACCACCGCCGCCCACUCCCACCCGCACCACGCCCAGGGCUUGUACCAGCACCCGAUGGCGGUGGCCGGGAGCAUGGGGGUGGCCAACCCGCAGUUCCCUCCCCAGAACCUCUACAUCCCGCCCAUCUCCCAACACAGUCACAUGGUUCCUGCACACACCUCAGGGUACAUGGUCCACCCUGGGUGCGGGCCCCCGACGCCCGUCUACACCAACGCCGGGCCCAUCAUGCACGGGGCGGGCCCACCUCAGGGGCCCCACAUGAUGGCAGGGAUGAUGGGCGGCGGGUACUACCCACGCCCGCCCAUGGCACGUAAUGGGGGCUCCCCUAACUCCGGAGGCUCCCCUUCCCCGGGCAGCGAGGACUCCGACGAUUCCACGCCCCUGGCGCAGAUGGGUCGAGGGAAGAGGCCUUCCUCGGACAGCGUGGAGGGCCCGGCCAGAGGCAAGAAGCCCAAGGUCUCCAAAAAGAGCAAGAAGAAGAAGGAUCCCAACGAACCCAACAAACCAGUGUCAGCAUACGCUUUAUUCUUCCGAGACACCCAGGCUGCCAUCAAGGGGUCCAACCCCAAUGCAUCCUUUGGAGAAGUGUCCAAAAUUGUUGCCUCAAUGUGGGAUUCUCUGGAUGCUGACCACAAGAAUGUUUACAAGAAAAAAACCGAGGCAGCAAAAAAGGAAUAUCUUAAGGCUCUUGCUGCCUACCGUGCCAGUUUGGUAUCCAAGGGCGGUGAAGGUGAGGGAGUUUACGGGGCACCUGGGUAUGGUCAGUUUGCCCCAGGGUUUGGAUACCCCCCUACCAGUAGUGCCCCAGGACACCCCCAAGUACAGUCGCCCACACAGAUGUCACCAUUGGCUAAGAAGUCUCCUCUACUCUCUUCUCUUAUGGCUGAUCCAUCCCCACCCAUGAUGAACCCACCAAUGUCACAGCCCAUGCCACCUUCUGGCCCUCCCAUGAUGCCUCAUGGUUCCAUGCCACCUAUGUCAGCAGCCAGUAUGGCUGCACAGGCACAGCAGGGCCCACAGGCUGGCCAUCAGCCACCCACACCACAGCCACACCUGACGCCCUUGACCAACGUACCUUCUACCUCUCCCUACAUGAACCAGCAGGCACCAGGGUCAAUGACGAGUCCUGGGGGUGGUGGCUCCCCGGGUAGUGGACAACAGCACCAGUCCCAGCAACAAAGUCCACAGCAGCAGCAACAGGCUGCCACCCAGCAACAACAGCAGCAAGCAGGACAGCAGCAACAUCAGCAGGGUGGACAGCAUGGCCAACAGCAGCAGCCUCCACAGCAACAGCCUCCUCAACAACAGCAGCAGCAACAGCAGCAACAACAACAAAGUGGGCAGGGGUCAGGUGGCCAGCAGCAGGGUAUGGGUCAGCCAGGACAUAUAGGCUGUCCAAGCUCUGGACCAAAUUGCAUCAGGUCUGGAUGCACCAACCCUGCUGUGCACAACCCUGAAUGGGAGGAUGAAUACUGCUCCAAUGAGUGUGUUGUCUCACACUGCAGAGAUGUCUUCAGUACUUGGGUGGCAAGCAACCAUCAUCAGCCCAUCAACCCAACUUACCCAGCGCCAGUUAAAUAAAACCCUUGUUUAUCACAGAAAUAACUUGGGGACCAGCUAGGCAGCAGUCCAACCAGUCGGUCAACUAGUAAAUCAGUCAGCUGUGUUAGUUGAUCUGAAGAAGAAAGGUACCUGGUGCAGUAAUAAGUGCACAGAAGUUAGAUUUGUUGUCAAGGAUAGGCAAAUGUGUGAUGCGGCUACUUGACCUGGCACAUAGAUACUAAAAAUAAGUAAACCAUCUGCAGAUAGGGGGACUGAUAUUGUGGUACCUCAUCAUUCCCUAGAUGUUGACAAACUGGGUGCUUGUAUGAAAGUCACGAUUUUCUAUACUGUUGUCAAUUCUGGAACUUCAAGGAAGCAUCUUUCUGUCUGUUCAAUCUUUUCUUGCUCUUUGUAGUAUCCCAAAUGUAUUAUUCACACCUGUGUGAGUCUAUUAAUCUUCUUCUACCCUAGAUGAGAGUUCCAGAACAAUCGAGUGCUGUGAAAGUGAGCAUUGCAUGUACUGUAAUUUUUCAUUUUGCUUAUGAACAAGGCUGUGUAAAACAAAAAGUGAUCCGAUCAGCAAUUGUAGAACUAACAAUGAAUUCGUUUUCCUAUUAACAGUGCAGUAUAGGAAAAAUGAGUCAUGGUGAAACAUGUAGUGACAUGAGUUCUUAAUUGCUGAUUACUUCACUAACAGGAAUGCCAAACUUGACCAAACGGAAGGAGGGGACCAAAAUAUUACAUUAAUUGUUAUAUUAUUUAUUCUUUGUACACAGAACAAAUUAUUGGAAACAAAGUAUUAACUUUACAUGAGUGGAAUAUCUGUAACUGAUGUCAUGCCCUUUUUCACAGCAUUUGGAACAAUAUUUUGAUCAUAAGAUUUAAGCAACUCCAGCAGUAAAUCAUGUCUUAGGGAGCUGGGUUUGUAAAUAUUUGUGUUGAUUUUUCUUGAUACGGAGAGAGAAUUAUGAUUAUUAUAGAUAUAGUAACAUUUACAAUAUAAUUUGUAAAUAUUUCAACAGUAUGUACAAGUGAUUGAUGAUUUUUGUUUUCUCUCCUCGAUGUGAUUGAAUUAUGAAGAGUUGGUGAUUAUGUACGGUAUGAUUGUAUGUACAUGUAUCAUAGUAGAUUUGUCCAGAGGCUUAUUAUUUGAUUAGCAAGGAGAACAUCGUUAGAAUUGACCUGUUUGUCAAACUUGUAUCAAUUCCUUCCAUAGCAAACAUAGAAGGUGGAGAAAGAUGUGAAGCCUUCUGUGCUUGCCAUCCCUGCAUGCAUAGCAAUAUCAUUUGGCAUUUCCCAGGUUUUACUUCUUAACUAUCAAGAGGCAGUCGGGCGAGUUUGUGUCAGACGGACACUUUGCUCAAUCCUCAAUGUACAUAAGACAAAUUUUUGGAGGACUGAUUGCUGCAGCCUCUUGGGAGAUGACAUACUCUAAUUUCAUUUUUAAGCUCUGGAAUGCAGCCAAGAGGAGAUAUAUGAUUUGCUUGUAUUUUCAAACUUUAUUUUCUUCAUUAAUAUUUUCUAUUGGGUGAAGCUUGAUGCAAAGCACCGCAUGAAGAGCGAAGUCUUGUUUUGGUGUGAAUAACACUAAAAUUCAGGGAAAUGGUAUGUAGAUGUAAAGUAAUGAUGGCCACUUGUAAACUACCUGCCUUCACAUCAGGUUUUACCCAUGCUUGUAGCUCUUAGAGAAUCCUUCGGUCCUAGAAUAAAAUAAAGUCAGUGUUUGCCCUUCUUAUAUAGCUAUGAUAAAUAUGUUGACGAAAUACAGUGCUUCACAAAACAGGCAGAGGCUCCACCGCAGGUAACAUUGGUUGUGUUCCAUUUGCAGUUACUGUAAUUCCAUAUAAUACACAAACAAUGGUUUUGUAUCGUAGAAAUGAACAAAUUGUUUUCUGGUGUUGAACAAUGUUAAGGUGAACAAUUGGAAUCAAUUAUGAUUUCACAUCACGUAAAUAGUAAUAGAGAACAAGUGAAUAACAAGGUUAUAUUAAAACAUAAGUCGACAAACAAACAUACACCUUCUAUUGUGGUAGCAAUGGUGUUGCCCAUUCCUAGGUGAUUUCAUGUAUUACUUAAUACAUUGUUAAUGGUUCCUUAAUCUGGUAUUUUAAUUUGUCAAAAAAAAACAAAAAUAAGCAAAUGCUUAUGGUAUGGAUUUGCCGCAAGGCAUACUUUUGAGGAUGUUGUGUUAAUGUGUAUGAUGCCUGUGUGUGUUCUCUUUCACUUCUGUAUUCACAAUAUAAUAAAUAUUAUACACAUA